GCUCAGAGCUCCAGCUACACGAGCUCUUCACCUCGAUCUCCGUGCGACAAAAUAGUAAUCUUUCAUUUUUUUAACUACCAUGGGCGCGUGCAACUCGUGCGAGGCGACGGCGGUGGCGGCGGUGACGGGAGGCGAGGCGACGGCGGCGAGGGUCGUGCUCGCGGACGGCGAGCUGCAGAGGUUCCCAGGGGGCACCCGGGCGUCGCACGCGCUCAAGGCUGCGGCCGCCGCCGCCGCGGGUGGCGCUGCAGGCGCGUGCUUCCUGUGCAGCGCCGACGGGCUGGAGCUCGGCGGCGCGGUGGCCGCGCUGGCGCCCGACGAGGAGCUGCAGCCCGGGCAGCUCUACUUCGUGCUCCCCGCGGCCAUGCGGCGGCGCCCGCUGCAGGCGGAGGAGAUGGCGGCGCUCGCCAUCCGCGCAAGCGCCGCGCUAGCGGGCGACCACGACGGCCCGCUCGUGUUUCCGGAUUCGGUCCCAGGCGCCGUGAAGGGGUCCCGGCGCCGCUCGCGGAGGACAGCCAGCCUGGGGCGGGACUUCGUGCCGGACCUCGGCUCCAUUAUGGAGUAGCUAGCCGGUUUGCCGUCCGGCGAGGAUCGGCCACCGGGGGGGAGACUUUGACUAAUGCUAAUGUAGCGUAGCUUAGCUGGCCGGCUGUAGGCACUGUACGUUGUAGGGGAGGCAGAAAGACGCGUAGGCACAUUGCACAUUCUGAUCCAAGGGCUGGUGUGUUCGGUUUGAGGA